AUGUUGGCCGAUAAAAAUAGUGCAUUGAAUUUUUUAGUGGAUACUGGGGCAGAUGUGUCAGUUUUGCCGAAACAUUAUGCUCCAAAAGCCGCUCCCUCCAAUGAAUUACUUCUUAUAGCCGCUAAUGGUACAAAAAUACCGACUUUUGGUCGAAAGCACCUGACUCUAGAUUUGAAUUUGCGUCGAACUUUUACUUGUUCUUUUAUAAUUGCAAAUGUUAAUCAACCAAUAAUCGAUAUUGACUUCUUGAAACACUACAAUCUUUUGGUGGAUGUUAAAAAUGGCUGUUUGAUUGAUGCAAUAACUAAAUUAAUUACGCAAGGCAAAUACACAAGCACUAAAUCACUAACGUCUGGUAUAUCAAUAUUGCUUGGUGAUUCAGAGUUUUACGGAAUUUUAUCUCAAUUUCCGGAACUCACCAAUCCCUCUCAGCCAACGAAAAACAAUAAGCCCACUAAAAUCCAUCAUUUUAUUGAAACAACUGGCCAACCAGUAUUUUCAAGACCUCGUCGCUUAUCUCCCGAGUUGCUUAAAACAGCACGUCAGGAAUUUGAAUUUUUAAUGUCUCAAGGGAUUGUGCGUCCUUCUAGCAGCCCUUGGGCAAGUCCUCUACACAUUGUUUAG